UAUGCCUGCUGCCUCUAACUUGGCUGCUAUUCCUUGUAUACACCCUUGAAUAAGCAUAUAAAUUGAAACUUCAUGCCGCUGUUUUCUUUCUGAUUGUAUCACAGGCUCAUACAGCAGUGCUGCAAAGUUUCAGCCUUCAGCAAAGACUCAAGGAAACCUGCAAGAGAUGGAACUUGACAAAGACCUUUGUAUUAAGAUGAACGAUGGGAAUAAAAUUCCUGCAGUGGGAUUUGGAACCUAUUCCCCUGAUGAAGUUCAAAAAAGUAAAUGUAAGGAGGCAACAAAAGUGGCUAUAGAAGUUGGCUUCCGCCACAUUGAUGGAGCUUUUAUCUACGGGGUUGAGGAAGAGGUUGGGCAAGCCAUUCGCGAAAAGAUUGCUGAUGGAACAGUCAAAAGAGAGGACAUCUUUUACACAGGAAAGCUUUGGAGUACCUUUCACCGGCCUGAACUAGUCCGAAGCUGCCUGGAACAAUCACUGAAGAAACUUCAGUUUGAAUACGUUGAUCUUUUCAUUAUCCACAACCCCAUGUCUCUCAAGCCUGGGACAGAUCCAAUCCCAAAGGAUGAAAACGGAAAAGUCAUUUUUGAUGUUGUAGAUCUGUGUCAAACUUGGGAGGCCAUGGAGGCAUGUAAAGACGCAGGCUUGGUGAAGUCGAUCGGGGUUUCCAACUUCAACAUGAGACAGCUGGAAAUGAUCCUGAACAAACCCGGGCUCAAGUACAAACCUGUUCUCAACCAGGUUGAAUGUCACCCGUACCUCAACCAAAGCAAGCUGCUGGCCUUCUGCAAAUCCAACAGUAUCCUCCUUGAAGCGUAUUGUGCUCUGGGAUCUCAGAGAGACAAGAAUUGGAUAGAUCAAAGUGUCCCAGUUCUGCUAGAGGACCCAGUAUUGGGUGCAGUUGCCAAAAAACACAACCGAAGUCCUGCUCUAGUAGCCCUCCGCUACCAGCUACAGCGCGGUAUUGUGGUCCUCUUUAAGAGCUUCACCAAAGAGCGUAUUGAAGAAAACUCCCAGGUUUUUGAUUUCCAGCUCUCUGAGGAGGACAUGAAAACCAUUGAUGGGAUGAACAAAAAUCGUCCUUAUGUGCUGUUAGAACAAUUUUUGGAGCACCCUCAAUUUCCAUUUAGAGACAAAUAAUAGAAAGGAUCCUUUCCUGGUUUUGUUUCAUGCUUAAGGAAUAUCCAGUGUACAUUUUGUCUCCUUGCCCCACUCCAGUGAUUAGUCUUACAGAAGAAGCCCAGCUUGUGUUGGUGCUAUCAAGAGAUCUACACCGUACACUUAAACAGAAAUUCUAAACAACUCUCUCUGAAUGGAAUGGUUCUUGGUUGCUAAUGGGGGCGGGGAGGUGUUUGUAUAAUGCACUUAAUAAAUCUAGUUUAUAUUCUUUGGUAAUUGUGUUUCUUUACUUCAUUCUCAGAGCCAGCAGACAUGCUCUGUGUGAGGGUUAUACCCACAAUGUGGCUGGUUCUCUGGUGUGAUAAACGAGGGGGGUCUGUCCACUUUGGCAGUCAUUCAGGUCACUCAGCAGCUUGCAGGACUGGACCCAGAACUUAACAGAGACUAGAGACUUAAAAAUCCCACAAAAUGAAUUCUUUAACUCUGACAGAUCUGAAAACAUGUAGGCUACGUCUAGACUACAUCCUUUUUUCGGAAGAGGGAUGUAAAUUAGACGUAUCGCAAUUG